AUGUCGGCACUGAUAUCGGCGUUGAUUGAGCGUUGGAGACCUGAAACGCAUAUAUUUCAUUUUCCUUAUGGUGAAGUAACGAUAACGUUGGAAGAUGUCGUGUAUCUACUUGGCGUUCCGAUUAAUGGUAUGCCAUUGGUGCUUCGCAACAAUUAUGUGCGAGAUGCAGUUAUUUAUAAUUUAUUGGGAAAGGAGUCUCUAGCCGAUGUUAUUGAUGGGAUGCGAAUACGGAUGACGUGGUUGGAAAGAGAAUUUAGAGUAGAUGGACAAUCGACAAUGCAAGAGGUGAAAUAUGCAGCUCGAGCAUAUCUUAUGACGUUGAUUGGAGGGAUCUUGCUACCGGAUAAAUCGGACAAUUUAAUAUCUUCCGGUAUUUGA